GGAAAACACAUAUUUCCGAUGGUCUUAGGAACUGAGACACCGCUCUAUCAGUCUCCAGAGGGUCCGCCCACAUGCAGAUACGUCCACAUUUCCCUGGACCGCGAUGUGUGCGCGGGAUGACAUGCCGCCCCUGUCAUCUGGCCACAUCCCCGGGAUCACUCAACAGCUCCUCCUCCUCGCCAGUGAUUGGCUGCCGGAACUGUAGCUCAGGAGAGCCACACAGGCGGCCAAUCACCGGCGAGGAGGAGGAGCCGAGCAGCAGCGCGAAGAUCAAAGAAGAUCGAGCAAGGGAGCGGCCGGAGAAGGAAGACAGCUGACAGCCAGGUAUGCUGGCUGUAGAUGGGAGAGGGAGGGAGCGAGCCCAGGCUGGAGCAGGAGUCAGCAAGGUAAGUAUCAU